ACUGCACUGCUACAAUUUGUGGUUUGUUUCAAGUUUGUUUGUGUGUACAUAAACUUCUUUAUUUUAUGAAGAAAUUUAACGCAAAACUGCAAAGUUAAGUUUCUGGUGAGGGGUAGUAAUUUUUACUCACUCAAAUGAAAAUGCUCAAAAAAGUAACAAUGAAGAAACAACCUAAAAUAACAAAAAUGUUCCGUCAGGCGCCCAAAAAGCCAUCGACGGACGAUUGCGAUGACCUAGAAGAAGAGGUACGCCAAUUGGAACUGAAACUAAAAGAGACUCAUAACAAACUAUUUCAAAUACAACGAAACAAAUACAGACAGAAGGUCUUGCCUUCAAAGAAAACGGACGAUUCAUUUGUCCGUCCUGAGAAAAUAUUCCUGACCAAUUCCGUAGAAAGUUUGAAGAAUGAAUUGGAACUGAUGACUAUGCUGUCAGGAGUUGAGGUUCAGUCUUAUGUUGCGGGAGACCACUGCUGUAUAGUGUACCACAUGCAGCACGGUGCUGCCACAGAAGUUAAACACGGCCUAAGAAUUGAAAUGGAUAGUGAUAAAAACACUGUGACAAAAUCGUCUCUACCAGUUGGAUUCAACUUCAAAGCUGUCAUGGAGGACUACAAGAAUAUUCUGCUGCCGGAGUGCCUCUGCUCCAUAAGGAACGGAUUAGUAGCUUAUUAUGAUAGACUGGAACAGUAUGAUGCAUUAAAGAAUUUACUUAAUAUUGAAGCAGAAUUAUUCAAAAUAUUAGAUGGUUCUCACAUUGAGGUGUCAUUUUAUGUGCACAACAUUAAUGAGGAGGAAGAGGAACAAAUACCAGUAAAGCUAAUAUUAGACUAUAGGGUAUAUGAUAUAAGACCCAAAACCUAUAGCUUUGAGGACACAGAUUUGCCAGAUGAUAUGGCUGAUACUUUAAAAACACAGUGUGUAAUGUUUAAAAAGAAACCACUUCAAAAGGCUUUCAAAGAAGCAUUCAUGAAUGGAAUAGGCCCAUUUAAUCUUGUUCAACAGCUUGGAGUUCGUCAGGAGAAGCUAAAGACUAAAAAACCAUCAAAACCUCAUACACAAUAUAACAACGACGACACUUUUAGACCUGAGGAUUGUUCAGAUCAGGGUGAAGACUUUUUUGAGGAAUAAAUAAACUAGGUUUGUUAA